CAAACACCAAUCCACUCCCCAUCCACCUCUACCUCUUCACCACACGACAAACGUGAAAGAGAAGCGAUCAAUCACCCUUGAGUAAUCAUGGCGCGACUAGGGAUUCUAAUCCUCCUCAUGGGGGAAAUAGUCGCGAGGUCGGGGGUUCACGGAAUGUUUAGCGUUCAUGACGACUUAUUGGCAUUUCCACAGUACGAGAUUAAGUUCUACGACGACGUUAUCCUCGAGGAAGAAGCUGAAGAGAGACUUUCGUCGGCACCGACCAUAUCCUCGAACCCCCAACCGAGAGCUACGGGUACAGUUAGGGAGGAUGCGGGUCCGGACGCAGCAAGGGACGGGGAAGGAGAAGGGGAGGGAACUCAUGAAGUAGAGACUUACGAAGCAUUAUGGCUAAACGGACGCCGGUACCUAUGCUCGGUGCCCAUCGUCACACCAGCACCGCCCAUGAAUGCAACGGAGAAGGAGCUAUCCAAAGCAGCGGAAGAGAAGGAACUCGUCAGGGCGACGACAAGGGGGUGGGAACUACUGUCUGAUCUUGAGGGACAUUGUUUAUAUUUUGUGUCCGGUUGGUGGAGCUACUCAUACUGCCACAACCAUGAAAUCCGCCAAUUCCACCAGAAGCCACCACAGAACGGCGUGAACACCUGGCCGCCGGCCGAAGACCCGGCUACACCAUCAUACGUCCUCGGACAAGUCUCCCCCGAAGCCGCGAAGCGCACCAAAGGCCAAAAGGGCGAGGGCACGGAGUUGCAGGCUACCGGAGAAUUGAGGUUCUUGGUGCAGAAGCUUGGAGGAGGGACCACAUGUGACCUCACUGGGAAAGAGAGGAAAAUCGAGGUUCAGUUCCAUUGCAACUCCCAAGGUUCCGACCGCAUCGGCUGGAUCAAGGAGGUCUCCAUAUGCUGCUACCUAAUGGUAGUCUACACCCCUCGCCUCUGCAACGACGUAGCGUUCCUGCCUCCCCGUGAGGACCGCGCAAACAGCAUCUCGUGCCGUGAGAUCAUGACACCGGGCCAGAUAGAGAAGUACCAUACAGACAAGGCCAAGGUCGGGGAAGACAAGGCCACGAAGGUGCCGAAGAAAGCCCAGGAACUGGGGGCUGGCGAUGAGGCGAAGAAAGCCGAGAUUAGGACUCUUGGGGGUGUGGUUCUGAGGGGUGCUAAUGAUCCGUUUACCGAUGGUGAUGUUGAGAUUAUUAUUCGUCAUGAGUUAUGAUGUGACUUUCCCCCUCUCCCUCUACUUUGUGGUGUUUUUUUUAUCUCUGCUUGGCUUUUGGUCUUUCUUUAUGGACGGAUGGAUGGAGUUUAUCUCGGUGAUACACUGUACUAUACGAAAGUUAUUUCGUGGAUUCGUAUUGGA